GGUCCAGCAAACACCGGCGCCGGAGCGCAGCGGUGGCGAGAGCGAGGCGCGGCGGGGCUGGAGUGGUGGCGGGAGCGGCGGGACCAUGGACCGCGUCAGCAGCUCCAUGAAGCAGGUGUCCAACCCGCUGCCCAAGGUGCUGAGCCGGCGGGCGGGCGGCGGCGGCCUGGAGGCGGAGCGGGAGAGCUUCGAGCGUGCCCAGACUGUCAGCAUCAAUAAGGCCAUUAAUGCGCAGGAAGUGGCUGUCAAGGAGAAGCACGCCAGAACAUGCAUCCUGGGCACGCACCACGAGAAGGGGGCCCAGACCUUCUGGUCUGUGGUGAACCGGCUGCCGCUGUCGGGCAACGCUGUGCUCUGCUGGAAGUUCUGCCACGUCUUCCACAAGCUGCUCCGGGAUGGCCACUCCAAUGUCCUGAAAGACUCCUUGAGAUACAAGAACGAGCUGAGUGACAUGAGCAGGAUGUGGGGCCACCUGAGUGAGGGCUACGGACAGCUCUGCAGCAUCUACCUCAAACUGCUGAGAACCAAGAUGGAGUUUCACACCAAGAAUCCUCGCUUCCCAGGCAAUCUCCAGAUGUCUGACCGGCAGCUCGACGAGGCAGGCGAGAACGACGUCAAUAAUUUUUUUCAGCUGACAGUGGAGAUGUUUGACUACCUGGAGUGUGAGCUGAACCUCUUCCAGACAGUGUUCAGCUCCCUGGACAUGUCACGCUCAGUGUCGGUGACAGCCACGGGGCAGUGCCGCCUGGCCCCACUCAUUCAGGUGAUCCUGGACUGCAGCCACCUCUACGACUACACUGUCAAGCUGCUCUUCAAGCUCCACUCCUGUCUGCCAGCAGACACACUGCAGGGCCACCGGGAUCGCUUCCUGGAGCAGUUCAGAAAGCUGAAGGAUCUCUUCUACCGCUCCAGCAACCUGCAGUACUUCAAGCGGCUGAUUCAGAUCCCACAGCUGCCGGAGAACCCUCCCAAUUUCCUGCGUGCCUCUGCGCUCUCGGAGCACAUCAGCCCUGUGGUGGUCAUCCCCGCUGAGGCGCCCUCACCCGACAGUGAGCCCACCACAGACCUGGUGGAGAUGGACACGGCCUCACAGAGCCUGUUUGACAAUAAGUUUGAUGACAUCUUCGGCAGCUCUCUCAGCAGUGACCCCUUCAACUUCAGCAGCCAGAACGGGAUGAACAAGGAUGACAAGGACCGGUUAAUCGAGCAGCUCUACGGGGAGAUUGCAGCCCUGAAGGAGGAGCUGGAGAGCUUCAAAGCUGAAAGCGCGCGGGGCAUGGUGCAGCUGCGGGGCCGUGCCAGCGAGCUGGAGGCUGAGCUGGCCGAGCAGCGGCACCUGAAGCAGCAGGCGCAGGACGAGAGCGAGUUCCUGCGCACGGAGCUGGAGGAGCUGAAGAAGCAGCGCGAGGACACCGAGAAGGCGCAGAGGAGCCUGACAGAGAUCGAGAGGCGGGCGCAGGCCAACGAGCAGCGCUAUGGCAAGCUGAAGGAGAAGUACAGCGAGCUGGUGCAGAACCAUGCUGACCUGCUGCGGAAGAACGCAGAGGUGACCAAGCAGGUGACGGUGGCCAGGCAGGCCCAGGGGGAUGUGGAGCGGGAGAAGAAGGAGCUGGAGGACUCCUUCCAGCGUGUGAGCGAGCAGGCGCAGAGGAAAUCUCAGGAGCAGGCAGAGGUGCUGGACACACUGAAGCGUGAGCUGGCAGCCAGCAAACAAGAGCUGCAGGUCCUUCAGGGCACUCUCGAGUCCAGCACACAGGUGGGAGUGCAGCAGAGCACUCGGAUUGCAGGCCUGGAGCAGGAGAGGGACAGCUUGAGCCGGGCAGCGGAGCGGCAUGGGGAGGAGAUGACUGCCCUGCGAGCUGAGCUGCAGCAGCUGCAGGACACGCUCAGACGUGAGCAGGAGAGCAGCAAGAGGGAGCUGGAGACGUUGCAGGCCCAGCUGAGAGACAAGGAGAGCGAGGAGCGGGCACGGCAGCAGCACCUGGCCGAGGAGCAGUUUGCCCUGCUGCAGGGCACUGCCCGAGAGGCAGAGCAGAUGGUGCAGGAUGCCCUCAGUCGCCUAGAGGAUCCCACUCACAUUGGGUGCACUGGCUCAGCAGACUGCCUUUUGUCCAGGACUCUGGCGGCUUCCGAGUGUGUGGUGCGGCUGCAGGAGGCACAUGGCAAAUACCUUUCCAAUCAUGCAGCUGUGGGCUCGCUGCUGCCCUGCCUGGCCCUCUUCGCCCACCUCAUCAGCGACACCCUCAUGCAGGGCAGUGCUACCUCCCAUGUGGCCCCCAUGGAGCCUGCUGACCGUCUGCUGGAGAUGUGCAAGCAGUGCGGCAGCGAGGCUGUGAGCUACCUCAGAGCCCUGCAAGACCCAGGCACAGCAGAAGGUGCUGACUGCAGCCCGGUGACAACCUGCCUGGGCCAGAUCAGUGCCAUCGGGGAGGAGCUGCGUCCCAGAGGGCUGGACAUCAAGCAGGAGGAGCUGGGCGACCUGGUGGACAAGGAGAUGGCAGCGACGGCAGCAGCUAUCGAAACAGCAUCUGCCCGCAUCGAGGAGAUGCUGAGCAAGGCACGGGCUGGUGACACUGGGGUCAAACUGGAAGUGAAUGAGAGGAUCCUGGGCUCCUGCACCGGCCUUAUGCAAGCCAUCCACAUCCUGGUCCUAGCCUCCAAGGACCUCCAGAGAGAGAUUGUGGAGAGCGGACGGGGCGCAGCAUCCCCCAAGGAGUUUUAUGCCAAGAAUUCCCGAUGGACUGAGGGCCUCAUCUCUGCCUCCAAGGCUGUGGGCUGGGGUGCUACCGUCAUGGUUGAUGCUGCUGACCUGGUGGUGCAAGGCAAGGGGACCUUCGAGGAGCUGAUGGUCUGUUCCCGAGAGAUCGCCGCCAGCACUGCCCAGCUUGUGGCAGCCUCCAAGGUGAAGGCAGACAAAGACAGCGCCAAUCUUUGCAAGCUCCAGCAAGCCUCUCGGGGUGUCAACCAGGCCACAGCUGGUGUGGUGGCCUCCACCAAGGCUGGGAAGUCACAAGUGGAAGAGAAAGACAGCAUGGACUUCUCCAGCAUGACUCUCACUCAGAUCAAGCGUCAGGAGAUGGACUCACAGGUGCGGGUGCUGGAGCUGGAAAACCAGCUGCAGAAAGAGCGACAGAAGCUCGGGGAGCUGCGCAAGAAGCACUACGAGCUGGCAGGAGUGGCCGAGGGCUGGGAGGAGGAUGCUGCCGAGUAACGCCCGUGGCAGAAGCAGCCUGCAGCGGACACCCUAACAGCAGGGUGGUACCGUGGUACCCAGCUGGGUGCAGCAAAAGCCACCCCAAGCACACGUCCUCCGCCUCCCCCCCUGCCGACAGCCGCCUCCAGCGCCGGAGCACCGAGAGCUGCACAGCGACACCGCGGGGCCGGGAGCGAGGUCUCGCCGGCGCCAGCCGCAAACCGCACCUGUAUUUAUUAGAGCUGCUUGGGGCUGGGGGGUGGGGGUCUUCGGGGGGGGUCUUUAACCCUUUAGUUUUGUUUUUGCACAGAUUUUCGGAACUCUUUUGAGCCGGCUCUGGCUGAGCGAGGGUGCUCAGGCCUCUCUCGCCUCUCGCUGCUUCUCCAGCCUUAAUCCAGCCCCUGGCUCGGCGUGGACAUCCCUGCCCUGCGAAGGAGCCUGCCGUGGUGCCAAGGGCCCCGGGGGUGCUGCUGGGUCGGGAAUCAGCUUUUGGGGUGCUGCUGGGCUUGGUGCUAGGUGUGCCCUCACCCUUUGUUGAGGGCACUGAGUGCCUUUGGCCGCUGCAGGAUAGGGGGAAAUGUUCCCAUGGGAUAACCUGGAUGGUGAGACUGGAGCAGUACCAGCAGCAUUGCUGGGAGCAACCAGUGGUGAGAAGAGUGGGGUGGGCGGUGGGAAGGGUGCUGAAGGGUGAGUUCCUUCUGCACCAUUCUGGGUCUCCAAAAUGCCACACAUACGCCCCCACUUAGAGCUGGGCUGCCCUGCCUCAACAGAUCACUGUGUUCAUGCCAGCAAUAAACCCUCUGCAAGGUGCUGGGUGUGCGUUUGGGCAGCCAUGGUGCCACCGCACAAGCCACCAGCUCCUGGGGGUGAGGUGGCUCUAGGGCUGCAGCACAGAGGGUUUGAGGGGGCAGCCAGGGUGCUCCAAAUCCAGAGCACGCUGAAGCCAGAGUGAGGAGCUUCCUGUGCCCGCUCCCUGUGGGCUGGUGCCACCCCUGUGUCCUCACCCCCCUCUUUGGCGCACAGGGCAUCAAUGCUGGCAUUGCCAUGGGCAGGGGUGGCUGUGGGGCUGGCACCAUCUGGGAACCUUUGUGCCUUGGAGUGGGAGGCUCAGAGGGCAGGGGGGUGUCUGCCAGCUCUGGGCCACUCAGCUUGUCUCACUGUGGCAGGAAUGGUGGCAUCAGACUGCUCAGUGAUAUCCCUGUCCCCUACGGCCACCCCCAUGGUCCUGCCGGUGCUCUUUGCCGGGCCAGGGUGUCCUUCCCAGCCUGGCAUCAUUGCUGCCAGCACCCUGCCUUCAGGCAGCUGCUGCUUCCUCAGGGGGAGACAGCCAGACCAAUCCCUCAGGGUGCUUGGGGAUGCAGGAUUUGGCCUUUCUCCCUGUAGGAAGUGGUGGCAUUGCCCAGAUGUCACCAUGUACUUUCCAAGUGGCUGGCACUCAGAGCAGUGAGACCUGCCUGCAUCCCCCUGCCAUCACCAUGGCCUUGGGGUUGCCACCCCUAUGCUCAGGACAGCACAACUGUCCACCCACCAUACAGGGUCCUGGUGUCCCACGUGUUCCCCAGCCAGCUCUGCUGCCAACACGCGUGGCUUCAUGCCCCAGGUCUGCCAGGGGGACCUUGGGGACCUCAGGACCCGCACUCUGCCACAGCCAUAAGCUGACCCUCGCUGGCUCCUCUCUAGAUGCAAUACCAACCAUCCUGAUCCUGCAGGACACAGGGAGCCCCAAAACCCUCCCUGAUCUUUCAGAGGAGGUCUCACCUGCACGGGGUACCCCUAACUACCUCAGGCCUCCAGGCUAGGUUGGCAUGGGGGAGCGGAGAGGGAGUUGCAAUGGUGGCAGGGGCUUGGGGAUGGCAACACCACCCUCGGCCAAAACUACUACUCCUUUUUGUAUCUUGGCUGGGUACUGGUGGGGACAGUGUCCCUCAUACGGUCCCCAGGGGUGGUGGCAGGGGUGGCAGGGGUGCCCCUCCACUGCAGCUUGGGUUGAUUUCUGGUUUUUCAUUGUACAAUAAUAAUAAUUACUACUUCCUGUGGUUUGGAUUUUUCAAUAAAGCCUUCAGCCCCA